UCUUCCUCAUGUAUCUCUGGUUUUAUGUCUUUUUAACACUGACUUUUUUGAAAUGAAGCUUCCUGUGUCUUUCCGACGCUCUCCAUUACAAUUUAACUAACAAAAUAUGGUCAAAGUAUUGAUAUUGGGUGCUGGGUAUGGCACUCGUUUACAACGUGACCUUCAAUUGUCCGCCGAAUACAGGCAUUUAUUAGGGGUGCCUAAAGCAUUAUUACCUCUAGGUGGUCGCGAUGCCCUCAUUACACAUUGGCUUGAGCUUUUUGAAGCUCACGGAUUAAAACAAGCAAAAGAUAUUUUUGUAAUAACCAAUGAAGCCUGUUAUGACUCAAUCAAGCAAUGGGCAACGCGACAUUCCGUUCCUUUAGAUCAUAUCGUCAGUGACGGCACAACAUCAAACGAGAAUAGACUAGGUGCUGUGCCUGAUAUCAUGUUUGCUGUCAAACAUUUUCAUUUACUGCAAAAUGAUGUGCUGGUUGUGGGAGGCGAUACUUUGUUUUUGCAUGAUUUCAGCCUCUCUCACUUUUUGGACACCUUUGAGGAAAAAAAUAAAACCAGCAACGGCCGACCACUCUGUUUAGUCACCACCUAUGAAGUCAGCGAUGCCGAUGUACAUAAAUUUGGUAUUGUUGGGACGGAUGAAAAGGGUGCAAUCAGCAGUUUCCUUGAAAAGCCAGAUCCAUCUUCUACUACAAACCGCUCUGCAUGUCCCUGCUUUUACUUAUUCCAUAGACAAGCUUUACCUAUCAUAGACGAGUUCAUCCAACAAUGUCAAAAAAGCAAUGCACCUAAGGAGGCUUACGAUGCCACUGGAAAGUGUUUAGCUUAUUUAUAUCCUCGUUUCCCUAUACAAACAAUGCCGAUCUCUGGUCGUAUUGAUGUGGGUGGUUUACAAUCUUAUAUAGACGCAAAUAGAUAUUUUGAUUCGUUGUAACCAUCAGUAUAUUGAAGAAAUAAAUUAACAAAUGGCAUUUAAAUUGCUGUAUUGAUUAGAGUAUGCAACAAAAGGAAUAGUUUGCGUAUAACUUUAGAC